GUGCACUAUAUAUCCAAAAUAGUUGUAUUUGGGAUGUGAUAUAUGGUUCGUCGGUAGCCAGAUGAAAGAUUGAUAGUUAAUAUAGAAAUUAAUAAGUCAGUAGCAUGGCUUUAAUUGUCAAAGAAACACAGAGUAUCAGAGAUGCAGUAACAUUCAUCAACUCUAUAGAGGUCAAUAAACUGUCCAGACUUCUCUCUCGCAUUCUUCAGAAACUUCAUCUUAAGGGCGAGCGCUCCUUUAGUGAAGAUGAAGAGCAGAAAUUACAGACUGCUUUGGCUUUAGAGAAACAAGCCCUUCACCUGGUGCUGGAGACGUCCUCAUUCUUAUUAGAACAGGCUGUGCAUCACAAUAUUAAACCAGCAUCGUUGAAGCAGCAGCUUGAAAACAUCCACAUUGCCCCAGACAAAGCCGAGGCAUUUAGUCAGGCUUGGGCUACAGCUGGCCCAGACGUAGUAGAGAAGAUUAGACAGACGAUAUUUGCCCCCAAGAAGCCCCUCAAAAAGACUACCGGAGCUGGAGAGAAAGGCCUCCUUAAAGUUGGAACAUGUAGGCUGGCAGCUCAACCUUCAGAUGGGCCAAUCAUCACAGGCGAAGCAAAAAGAGCCACACGCUGUGCUGGACCUGGGAGUCAGAGAGGAGGAACAGUCGGAGCAUCUUCAGAAGAUUCCUGUGGAAUUCACCCACCAGGAACUAUUGGAGUUCUACAACAAGCUAGAGAUGAUUCAAGCCCAGCUCGACUCGCUGACUUGAUGCUGAUGGCACAGUUCAUAAGAGCAAGUUUCCCUUGUAACAGGGUUCAAGAGUCUGCUCAAGAAGGAUUGGUGUCCUCAGUUUGUUAAUUACUGUUUAAUUAUCGCAUCAUGCUCUAAAAGUCUGUGUCUAAUUUGUCAUUUGUGUACCUUGCAUUUUGUGUGAUUCAAAUAUCAACUCAAAGCACAAAUGUCACUCUUCUUAUACCCAGUACAAGGUUAUUGAUAUUUUAAAUACUGUGCUUACAGGUUGGAUUGUCUAAUUUUAUUGUAUAAUUGGGUGAAGAAAAUGAAAUCAGAAAAAAAAAAUUAGGAACAAACUAGUUGUUUGUCCAGAGCUCUUUCUCAAUUCAUCAGGUUUCAUCAUUUAAAAGUGUAAGUGAGUGUAAAGUCACAUUCUUGAUCUGUUACUAAGUGUACUCAAGGGCCUGUGUCAGAUGGCUUUACUGAUUUAACUUUCAUAAAAUGUGAUUGUCCAUUCAACGUGUGCUAAUUGAGAUCUCUUGAAACAAAUGUGCACUAAAAUUGUUUGUGCCAGUCUCUAAGGUAUGUGUUGUGAAAGAUGAUUAGACCUAAAAUAAAGCUGAUCAUCUGUGAGCUGUACCUUUUUAUAUUUUCAUACAGUUCUAUGUUGCAACAGUGAUGUGAACGUUCAUUAAAUUUGUAACGGAUCUGCUAACGGUGGUGGAUACCUAAUAAAUGUGUAAUGAUCUCCUGCAAUGAAAGGUCAUUUCACAACAGUUUUCA